GUCAAGCCUUUGAUUUCUACAGUGUGUGAUUUUGUUCGGAAUCAGAAUGCAAAGUCAGAACAUGUUUGAGUCUUCUUCGGCUCCACCUUUGGAGACCAAUUAUAAUAAUAAUGAUGAUAACAAUAAUCAAAAUCCACUCUCUAUUAGUAUGCAGCUAUCGGAAAUGGCUAAUCACAUAGUAAAUCCAAAAUAUAAUAUGAUACAUGCAAGUGUGGAGACUGAUCAUGCGAGAGAAUAUAAAUUAUUGGUCGAAAAGAGAAAAUCAAUGGCUGGUGCAAUUGAUGUUGGAGGUGCUAAAGGAAAUAAUGGACAAAACGGAAGACCAGGUAAGAAUGGAAGACCUGGAAGAGCUGGAACAACUCGAAGUGAAAGUAAAAUUGGAGAUCGAGGUGAAAAUGGAGAACAUGGUACAAAUGGUGAAGAUGGUUAUCAUGCAGAGAAUGGUAGAGAUGGUGAUGUAUUGAAUAUUCUAUUGGAUCGAUCAUCUCAUCCACAAGAGUUAUUUGUUAAAUAUUCGAGAGAACAAUUGAGAGCAAAUUAUAUUCAAAGCCAGAGAUAUGGAUAUAAUGCAAAUAUUAUUGAUGAACACAGAUUUAAUUCCAGUUCAAGAUUUCCUCUCAAUUCUCCAAAUGAGUUUGUCUUGUUUAAAUCAAAUGGAGGUGACGGUGGAGAUGGAGGUAAUGGUGGUCACGGAGGAAAUGGUGGUAGUGGUGGAAAUGGAUCUAAUGGUACUGAACAAGGAGGAGAUGGUGGUGAUGGAGGUAAUGGUGGAGAUGGUGGCAGAGCAAGUUAUGGAGGUCAUGGAGGUAGUGCAGGUUUAAUUUUCAUUAAUACCUAUGAUCCAAGAUUACUUGUGUUGACAAGAUCAGAAACUCAUGGAGGAAGAGGAGGUAAAAUUGGUAUUUGUGGAGAGUUUGGUGUUGGUGGUAAAGGAGGAUCAGCUGGAAAGGGUUUACUCAAGAUGGGAAGACAUGGCAGACAGGGCUCAAAUGGUACAAAACAACAAACCAACAUUGCACACGAGUCACAAAAUGGAAGCGAUGGUGUAACUGUUUAUAGAGUUCUUGAUUUCCGUACUAAUCAGAUAAUGUUUGAAGGACAAAAGUCUUUUACAGCAAGAAUUCUUUCAUUUGAUGUUGAGGCUAAUGAUGACGAUGGAGUUUUUGAACCUGGCGAAGAUAUUACAUUGAAAAAUUUCAAAAUCCACAACGAUGGAGAUAUUCCUCUUCCUGCUGGAUCAAUUCUUCGUAUUGCUUACGAUCCAAAUGGAUUUAUUUUCAGCGAAGAUCAAUAUAUUCUUCCUGAGAUUGGUCCAAAACAAACACUCAACUUGACAAAUACUGCCUUAACCGCUAAAAUUUUACCAAAUGCUUUGAAAACCUCAGAGCUUUCUAAAAACAUUUCUCUCAAUGUUCAAGUUGACUUGUUUGAUAGAAUUUUUGAGGAAUCAAUUAUGGGAUGUACCAUUCUUGUUCAAUAUCCAAUCAAUAUUACAAAUAUUGAUUAUUUAAAGCAAAUGGGAAGAGGAGAUUCUUCAGAUAUCAUUAUUUCAUUCACAAAUUUGAGUAAGAGACCAUAUCAAUUUGUGUAUAAUGUCAUUACACAUGAUCAACUUUUCCUUGUAGAGACUGAACAAAGGACAAUUUCAUUAAUGUCACAAAUCAAACCAGAAAACAUCAACAUGCAUCCACAUUCUGUAAUAUUAGGCUAUUGUUCUGAAUUUUAUCAAAAACAACAAAUGGAAAUAGAAUUGAUAUAUAAGGACACAGUUAUUCAAAAAGUCAGCAAAUCCAUACAAGCAGUCCCUCACUUCAAUCCAACUGUAAUAGACAGCACAGAUGUGUUACUAAUUACAAAUAAUACCUUUAGAAGAGAAGAUUUCAAGGCAUUUUCUGAAAUAUUCCAACUUUUAAAUAUCAGAGCUAAUUUUUGGGAUCUUGAUUUUUACAAAGGGAUUUCAUAUCAAGAAGAUACACGAGCUAGACAUACCAUUUCAUGUGUCGAUAAGUAUAGAGGAAAGCUGAUUAUUUUAUGUGCUAAAAACAUGGAUGAUGUACAAAAGUUUAUGCCUAUGGAUCUUAUUUAUCAUUUUGGCCAAUAUGAAGCUGAUCAAGUAUUGGCUGCUGACUUUAAGUACAAUAGUGGUCUUUUGGUAUUGACACCUGAAUUACCAAAGCAGGAGGAAAUGAAGAAAAUUCUUGGGGACUCUCAUGUUGCUGCUCAUGUCACUGAAUUUGAUUCUGACAAGCAAUUUUGUGGAUAUUACAAAUUACUCUAUCCUACCCAAAAGGAUGUUGAAGAAAAAUGCAAAGAAUUGGAGAUGGAAAAGGAAAAGAAUUCCCUUGAGAGAUAUGUUGUAAAUGUUGACACUUUAGAAAUCAAGCAAGUUAAGAGUGAUUCUUGGGUUUCAUGGAAGUAUUCAUACGGAAAGGCCUCAAUGUUCAAGUUGAAUGUAAAUAUUUUCCAAACACUUGUUGGACUCGCAUUCAAUAGCGAAACAAACUUUGAUGAUUUUGGAAUAUUUUCAGAUCAAUCAACAGGCGAAAUUAUUGAUAACCCAACCGUAAUUGAACUAUUGAAGAAUAGGAGGAAUACUUUACAUUUUAACUUACUCUAUUCUAUUGCUUAUAGUUUGGGAUUGGAAUCCAAAUUACAAGUUUUACAAGAAUUGGAUGGUAAAACUGAAACUUCCAGACUCAUCAGAGACCUGAUUAGAUGGACAUUAUUUGAAUCCGUGAAGAGAGAGACUAGACUUGGUAGUGGAGUAUCUCCAACAUUGGAAAGAUUAGUUCAUACACUUGUACAUAAGCCACACUUAAUUUGUGAAACUACACUCACCACAGUCAUUCAUAUUUUCGAAAGAGCUAGUAGUUUCACGUAUUAUGGUAGUUUUGUUCCAUCCUCUUUGAGCUUUGGUUACAAAUUCAAAGAAAAGAGAAAUGAAAUUAUCAAAUUGAGUGAAACAGCUGAUGUAGAGUUGAGAAGGGCUGGCCUAGAGGCAAUCAACAAUCAAACUAUUCAAUAUUUCGAUAUAGAUAACACCAUUUUAAAGGCAAAGUCAGAGAUCUCUACAACAGAGUUCCCUAAAUUGAGGGACGUAGCUUUGACUUAUCUUAUUGAGUAAUAAACAAAUAUUUAUUCGUUUUG